AUGCGCACGACCAAGGCGGAGUUCGUGGCCGCGAGUGGCGGCGCAUACGGAUACGGACGGGGCCAAAAUGCGCUCCGCAUCGACAAGAUGCGCGCGAGCGAGUUCCCCCACCUGCAAGGCGACGUGUACCUGGACCACGCGGGCGCGACGAUGUACUCGAAGACACAGCUGGACGCCACAUUCCAAGAGCUGCAAGGAGGUCUCUUCACGAACCCGCACAGCGCCCAUGGCAACGCGCAAGCCGAGUCGACCACCGCCAAGAUCGACCGUGUCCGGCGUCAGGUGCUUGCCUUCUUCUCGGCGAGCGAGGAGAAGUACACGCUGAUAUUCACGUCGGGGGCGACGGCAGCGCUGAAGCUGGUCGGCGAGAGCUUCCCAUGGACUAAGGACAGCACGUUCGCUCACGCGAUGGACUCGCACACCAGCGUGCUCGGAAUUCGGGGCUACGCGGCUGCUAGCGGUGCCGCGACCAAGUGCACAGCGCCCGUGAGCUUGUUCGCUUUCCCGGCAGAGUGCAACUUCAGUGGAGUACGGCAUUCUCUCGCUCUUUAUGUGGCGACGCACCAACUCGAUCUCUCUGAGCACCACCCCGACUUCGUGGUGCUGUCGUUUUACAAGAUUUUCGGAUACCCGACGGGCCUUGGGGCACUGAUCGUGCGGAAGUCGGCGCUAUCGUAUUUGAAGAAGGACUACUAUGGCGGCGGAACUGUGAAAAGUAUCUUGGCUACUCGUAACUUUACAGUUCCGCGUGGGUUGGACGACAAGGGCGAUGAGAACUCUCGCUUUGCUGAUGGCACGCAGUCGUUCCUAUCGAUUCUCGCCUUAUGUCAUGGGAUUGAGCAGGUGGGGAAGCUGGGAAUGGACAAUAUUGCGGCUCACACAGCAUCACUGCGCGCGCUACUCGUCGAGAAACUCGCUUCUCUGAAGCACUGGAACAAUCGCUCUAUCUGCGAGAUCUAUGGCAAUGACGGAACUGACACCAAGGGGCCCAUUGUUGCGUGCAAUUUCCUUCGUGCUGACGGUAGCUACGUCGGGUACAGCGAAGUCCACAAGCUCGCAGAAAUCAACAACAUCCACCUGAGGACAGGCUGUUUUUGCAAUCCUGGCGCCUGCCAACACUACCUCGGCUUGAAGGAGUCCGACUUGAUGUCGAACAUCGCGGCUGGACACGUCUGUGGUGAUGAUAUCGACGUGGUAAACGGUCUGCCAACCGGAGCAGUGCGCUUGUCGUUGGGAUACAUGUCGACGUUUGAGGACGUUGAAGCGUUCGUUGAGUUCGCCUCCAAGUACUUCGUGUGCAGAACAGCCCCAGCAACGCUGACCCCCUCCAAAGGACCAUAUCUCUGCAAACUCACACUAUUCCCAGUCAAAUCAUGCGCCGGUAUGGAUGUAGACGCCUGGCCCGUCGGGUCGAGAGGGCUCCUUUUCGACCGGGAGUUCGCGAUCGUGGACUUGCCGACGGGCAGCGCGCUAACGCUCAAGACCGUGCCGGAGCUGUGCUUCUUCCACCCCGUCAUCGAUCUUGGACGCGAGACAUUGACGAUUUCGUACCAUAACCCCGGAAGUUUGGAGUCUCAGCCUUCGGCAGCCAUGCAGUCGACUUCCGAAUCUCGAUCCACACCGGCGUCGUUUACUAUUCCCCUGCGUGCAGAUAUCUCCAUAGUAAAGCACCAAGACGAAGACAAUCCUCGGAGUAUGCGCGUGUGCACGGACAACUGCAAGGGUCGGGACGUUGGUGCGGACGUCUCUCGAUGGCUGAGCGCGUGUCUUGGGCGACAGUGCGCGCUCGUGCGGGCGCAGUACCUGCUCAUCUCGCGCCAGAGCAUCGCGCACUUCAACUCGGUGCUCCGCUCGGUCGAUAGCGCCCUGGCCAUCAGCGAGGACGCCUUCCGCGCCAACCUCAUCGUGGACGGGUGCGCCGACUCCUUCGAGGAGGACCAGUGGCAGCGCCUGCGCAUCGGAGGCGGCGCUGCAUUCGACGUCUCCGGGCCGUGCAGUCGCUGCAGCGUGAUCAACCUGGACCAUCGCACGGGCCAGUUCAAUCGUCGGCCGCUGCAGGUGCUCUCCAGCUACCGGCGCGAGCGCAGCAGCAUCUUCUUCGGCCAGUUACUCACGGCGCGCGCCGGCAGCAGCAACGUGUGGCUGCGUAUUGGCGACCAAGUUGAAGUGGGCGGUAUCCGCUCUGUCCCUGGCUAA